AUGAACGGUAAUGCAGAAGACGAAGACGGUAGCAAUCCUAUGAUAAUAAUUUUGGGUGCACUCAUAGGAAUCGCAUUGUUGAUAAUCGGUGCCAUUGUCACGGCUGCCGGAUUUUUCCUUUGCAAAAGGAAAAAUUCAACGGAAAAUAAUUUCUUUCUACCACCGCAAAAAAUUCAAACGGAUUCUUUUCAAGUUCCCAUGCUCCGAGAAAAUAAUAAAAAUAUAAAAUUAAAUAAUUCCCAACGGAAAAGUUUUCAAGACAUUUUACCACUCGAUGAAAUCAACAACACGUUAAAACCGUUUACGGAAAAUAAUGACGAUGACGUCACGCGUACUGCGGUCAUACGCAAAAAUCGUGGAUCCGCCGCGAGACAAAUUCGUAAUUCGUUAUCCCUGUCGUCUUCCCACAACGACGCCGUCGUUGUUGAAAUCAAACCCAUUCCCAUUCCCGUCGAAAUAAAACCUUUGAAUUUGUGUAAUCAAAGGAAUUCGGAUGUGAUAAUUGAUGAUUCGACGGAAGGAAACGUUUCUUCUUCCACGGUCACGUGUCACCCAAACAACGACGGCGAAACCGUUAAAAAAACUCACGCAAGAGUGACGCUCAAUUCGAACGGUGACGUUCUUAAAUGUGUCAUCGAAGCAUUCAAAGGAUAA